AUGGUUCUCUUUCAGAUGUCGUACUUUGACCGGGAUGAUGUUGCCCUGCACCAUUUCUCCCAGUUCUUCAAAGCUCAGUCCCAGGAGAAGCAGGAACAUGCAGAGAAGCUGCUGAAAUUCCAGAAUCAGCGUGGAGGCAGAGUCCUCCUCCAGGAUGUGAAGGUGGGAAUGUUGGAGGGGAAUGACUGCUCUCGUGAUGUGGCUUCAAUCCAUCAUUGUGCUAAUGUAAUGAGUUGUAAUAUUCCUGUGUUCCAGCUGUGUGACUUCCUGGAGACCCACUAUUUGGAUGAGGAGGUUGAGAUCAUCAAGCGACUUGGGGACUACAUCACCAACCUGAAGCGUCUGGGAGCUCCUGAGAAUGGGCUGGGAGAGUACCUGUUUGACAGGCUCUCGCUGGAGGACAGCAGUUAGUGGGGCAUGGGGUACUGUCUGCUUUUGUCUGAAUGCAUUACUGACUUCACUUGGACAAUCUGGCUUUCUUCCCCCAUACCACCUGAAUGGAAAUGAAUAAAAUGUUCUAAUGA